UCUCCCUAUCUCCCUCGAGCUCACACUGGAAAUAUUUUUCUGUCUCUCGCAGGGUUUUAGCUCAAUUUUCUUUAAACCCGAGGACAUGGCGGCGAUGAGAGCGGCAGUAGCGGCGCCUCGCGGUCUAAGGCGGCUGUUCUCAACCACCCCAACCUCAACCUUCAUUCCUCCACCGCCCUCGGCGACGGCUCCUGCUCGAGAGAUGGCCGAGCCCAGCCCCAACCUCUUCGUCUCUGGGCUUAGCAAACGUACUACUACAGAAAAGCUACGGGAGGCUUUUUCCCAGUUUGGUGAAGUUGUUAGUGCUAGAGUGGUAACUGACAGAGUAUCAGGUUACUCUAAAGGAUUUGGCUUUGUAAGAUAUGCUACUGUAGAAGAAGCUGCAAAAGGCAUUGAGGGCAUGGAUGGAAAGUUUCUGGAUGGUUGGGUGAUAUUUGCAGAGUAUGCAAAACCAAGACCAUCGCCGGGACAACCUAUGCCUCCUCCAUAUGGGCGGUAGUGAUUCCUAUCAUUUACCUGGUGAUUGUACUUCAUUGAAUUGGUUGCAUUUGCUGAUCACAAAGAACAUUAUUCAUAAAAUCGUGGGAAAUCUUCUAUUUCCUAAGUUUUUACAUGUCUGUUGUGGGAGGUCAACCUUAUAAACUAUAUUCAUUGGAAUGCAAUAGUUUUGACAUGGCUAUAGUGGACCUUUGGUGGAUAUAUAUCUGUGGUAUUAACUUUAUCUUGAUACCAGGUCAAUAAUAUUCUGAUCUGAAAACUGA